AUGUCGGUGAAAGUGUGGAUCGGCGUCACGGUUAGUCUCCUUGUUGGGUUGAUCUGGGUGGCUGGUCAGGAUCUGGUUGACCCAUUCCAGAUACAGGCGAUAGAAAACCGCAAUAACCUACUUAUCAACGAGCAACAGAGACGAAUUGCAGGCUGGCGUCAGUAUUAUAUUAAUCGACUACCAUACGAGUUCCUCAUACCAAUAUACGUUUUGGCGUUGUUGGUUUUACGAAGACCCACUACUACUACUACUACCACCGAAACUUGUCCCAGUUUACCGACGGCUGACUCUCUUGGUGUUUUCUGCUGUGGAAAUUUUUUGACAUCAGCGACCUGUCAGGCAUCGCCACAAAACGCACAAUGUACUUGGGAUUCAGGUUCGUGUUUGUACGAAUGCCAAGCUGCAGCGUUCAAUACCCAGGCCUUGUGUGAGGGAGUCGGGUGUUCAUGGACUUCUCUUUUUGGUAAUGUAGGAGUCUGCGCACAAUGA